GUUAAAACGAUGUAUGCCAUACGUAUUACUUGAAGGACGUCAAGUGACACUUGCACUCCUUCGCCUUACGUGAAUGAGUAUUAUAGGCACCGCCAGGGGCUUGGCGUCCUUAUCUUUGGACACUACGAAUAUGACUCUUGUUUGAUUGUAUACACACAAAUAAAACACGUGUUUUUUGCUGCUUGGAAGGAGAAUCGGAGCUCGUAUUGUGGACAACCAGACGGAAAAUGUCCGAUUCUGAAGAUGACAGGCUACCAGAUGUUCCCACGGCCCCGAGGCAAAAGCGAUUUCGCUUUAAGACGUUCGCGGAACGCGUAUCUGAGGUCGAGGUCGACGUCUAUCGGCGCCUUGCCCCGGUCAAGUCUGAGCCCAGCGGGGGCUCCUGGCUCGCUGAUGGCUUGACUCACUGGCGGGAGCUCAACAGCGCCUCACACUUCCUCGAGGUCGCUGCGGCGCUGCAGCCGCUGUGCCAGUCGCUGCCGCAGCUGCUGCACCAUCGGGAUGCAGUCGCGCGCAUCCUGCUAGGCUCCCUGGAGCCGGCGGCGCGCCUCGGCCUGCCCGCGCUGCUGGACCUGCUGGCGGCCUUCGCGCGGGACCUGCAGCAGGAGUUCGUACAGCUGCUGCCGAAGACUGUACGGCGGAUCGUACAGCUGCUGGAUGGCGGAGCGGGACGGGAGCCGGAGUCCCUGGAGUCCAUCUUCACGUGCGUCUCCCACAUCUGCAAGCACCUGGUCCGCUACCUGGCAGCCGACCUCCCCGCCGCCCUGCGCGCCACCGCGCCCCUGCGCUACCACUCGGCGGACUACGUACGGCAGUUUGCGGCGCAGGCGGUGGGCUUCCUGCUCCGCUCCGCGCCCUCCGCCGGCGCGCUGCGAGCGGGCGUGCGGGCGGUGCUUGCGGAGCAGGCUGCGCGGCCCACCGAGGAGCGCACGGACGGUGCGGGGCUGGUGCUGGCGGAGGCGGUGCUGGGGGUGUCGCAUGGGCUGCACAGCCGCGCGCCGCAGCUGCUUCAGCUGCUCCUGCAGGAGGACCUGCUGCAGCCGGGGGAGCUGCGGCCCGCGGCGGCGGCCAAGAAGGCGACGAAGGAGGAGGCAGCAGCGCAGGUGGCUCCGGCGGUUGUGAGUCGGGAGCAGCUGCGUGCGCGGGCGACCUGUGUGGCGCGUGUUGCGCUGGCUCGCCUGCUGGACCACCUGCGUCGCGGCAAGGGUGCAGAGCUCUGGAACGUGCUGUUAGCUGAGGCCACUGCGCGGCUGAAGGCGUACGAGUCCGCAGCGGCGGCGGGGACGCAGGGUUCCAGCGGUCGGCUGUCCGCUGCUGCCGCCGCCUCGGGUCGCAGCCUGGCUCGUGCGCUGCUGCUGGUGUCGCAGGCGGUGGGGUACUUCCGCGGCAGUCGCGUGGAGAGCUACUCGCCGCUGUUGGAGCUGGUGGGGCGGCUCAUGCAGCCCGCGACCUGGCGGCCUACCACCACCACUCGGGAGGAGGCGGAGGCGGAGGGGGACGGCACCUCCCCUGGCAGCAGCCGCAGCCCCAGCCCCAGCCCCGGCGAGAGUCCACUUGACACAGCGGCGGAUGUGGUUGAUGAGGAGCUGUUGGAUGUGUCGUUGUCGUACUCGGUUCUGGAUCUGGUGCGGGGUGUGGUGUACGGCAACCUGAAGGCGGUGGGCGCCAGCGAGGGGCCGGGGGCGCUGGGGCGCUUCGCGGGUCCCUGGUCGCCGUGCUUCAGCCGGCCGCCCGCAGCGGAGGUGCUGCCGUUCGUCAAGUCGCUCAUGGUGCCGCCGGCGGGGGCGGAGGUGGCGCGGCUGUUUGCGCCGCAGAUGAUGGGCUGCCUGGGCCGCGUGCUCAUGCAGCAGGAGGAGGAGCAGCAGCAGGGAGAUUAUGCGGGGUCAGCGUUGCUGCUGCUGCGUGACCUGUGCGCGUUGUUACAGCCGCCGGGUACCUCGGGGACCGCGGGGCUGCCGCUGCUGCUGACUGCGCAGCCAGGGGGUGUACGGCUGGCGGCGCAUGUACGGAGCCUGGCGACGGAGUGGCGGGCGGAUGCCGCUGCGGGUGACCCACGGGUCUGCGCGACUGCCUGGGCUGCUGUGUCGCUGCUGCCUCACGCUUGCGAGAACCCCACGCAGGCAAUUGCUGCGUGCGAGAGUGUCCUGCAGUCCGCCACUGCCGCCCUGCAGCGGCUGCAGCAGCAGCAGGGAGGGGCCGUGAGGAGCGACACUGCGCUGAGCGGGUUGCUGCUGCUGCGAGCCACUGCCACCGAACUACUAGCGGACCUCCUCCUCGUCCAGCAACAACAACAACAACAACAGCAAUCCGGGAUUUCCUCCUCCCUCGUGGCCGCAGCCGAGUCCUCCCUCCAAUGGGUACUCAACCAACAACAACAGCCUCAACCGCAAUCCAACCAACAACCACAACCGCAACCGCAACAGCCCGGACAGGAGGCCGCAGGAGGCGCAGAGCAGCCGACCGCCUCCGCAGCGGACUACGCCAGCAUCCGCGCCGCCGGUGCGCUCCUCACAGCAGUCCGCACCUGCACCGCCGGCCCCGCCGCCGCCUCCCAACCCGCCCGGGCGCUGCUGUCGGAGGGGCGGCUGCGGGAGCUGCUGCCCCGGCUGGCUCCGCUGAUGGCGCACGAGUCGCAGCCGCUGCGAGCCGCCGUGCUGCGCCUGCUGUGCUGCUUCGACCAGCCGUUCCUGGAGGCCCUGGGAGCCGACCCCAGGGACCCCACUGCGGCGGUGGUGCAGCAGCAGAAGGGGGGCAGCACGGGGCCCAAGUGUGAUCUGUUGGAGGUGCUGUACGGCAUUAACAGCCAGCCGUUCACCAUUGAGAGCGGCCGCAAGUGGGCGGUUGCCAUGGGCCGCUUGAAGACGUAUCUGGAGUACGGCAGGAUCCCCGAGUUCCUGGUCCCCGCCUUCUCGUACGGCCUGGUGGGGGUGCUGUACAUCCGCUUCAGCCCGCUGUGGCAGCCCGCCAGUGAGGCGCUGGCGGCGGGCCUGCAGUUCCAACACAAGGUGUCCUGGCCCAUCGUCCUCUCCUUCCUGACCUCCUCCCAACGUCGGCUCCUCGCUGCGGACUUCCCCUCCGCACCUGCGGCAUCAGCAGCCGGCAGCGGCCGCCGCCGCCGCAGCGCAGCCGCCAUCACCGCCGCCAUCACCGCCCAACCGCUCACUCACGAGAUCCCGCCGUCGCAAAACGCGUCGUACAUUGAGUCCCUGGACGAGCGUUACGUCGCCGCCGCCAGCGCCGGCACCCCGGCGGCCGCCGGCGGCGUCACUGACCCCCAGAACCGGCUGAGCCACACGCUGCGUGCCAUGGCCGCCGCGCCGUACAGCAUCAUCGAGCAGCACUCGCGCGACUGGGUGCCUCUGUUUCUGGACUACACGGCAGCGCGCGGGAGCCACUUUGACGACGGGGAGGGAGACGUGGAGGCGGCGGUGGCGGCGGCUCGGAGCGGGGCGGCGGGAGAGG